AUGGCAGACUCGAUAUUUUCCCACGGGGCUCACCCCGACCUAGCCCUGGCACAGUCUACCGCACCACGGUUCCCUGAGCGCUUCUAUCGCACGAGAGAGCGGAGCGAAAGCCGUGCUGAACAGGAAGGCGCCCAGCGUCCAGCCGAAAUCACGGUCAUGGUGAUGCCAGAGCCUCUCCGGAACGCCAAGAUCGAAGCCUACAGGAUCGUCAUCCAGUGCCACUGGCUGGUGGGAGAUCUCGAGGUAGAGCGCAUGACCAAAUCACGCCUCGGAGUCAGCGCCUGGUCUCGCUACUGGCAUAAUGUCUACAGUUACUACGACCUGCGAAAGAUCGGCGACGCCGUCUCUGCUGCCCUGCAUGACAUCAACGUCUUGUACCUUGGACUCGCCGUAGGCCUCCACGAACUCCUGGAGAGAACCGAUAACCAAAUCACGCAUUCAUCCAAUGAGGCAAUGGUUGCUCAGGCCAUGACCACCAUGGAGCAGGAAGUCGAUCGCCGUUGGGACCGUUGCCGCCACAGAGCGCAUCGAACCAUUGAGAUCAUGCGUGACACCAUCCAGUCCGAGCUUCCCUUGGUUAUCAGUGACGAUCUUCUGGAUCGCAUGAAGCGAGGCAUCUUCGCCCUGACCCCAGAUUACGGCUACGCACCGGGCCGCACGUAUCCUGAGACGCCAGAACCAGAGCCACAGGAGUUAUGGGAGCGGUCGCAGGAGGAUUACAUGUUGACUGCUGACCCCUUCUGGGAUGAGAUGCCGCCGUUUGAGAACUUCUCGAUGGUGCAGGAAAUUCCGCUGUAUGGCGGGCCUACCCAGGAUUCCUUGCAGCUGCUUUGGCAGUCCCAGGGUCCAUUGCUGCGGCCCCCGCCUGAGCACCAGACCUCGCACACCAUCAUCGAAGAGGGGGAGGAGCGCGCCCACAUUAACAUCGUUGUGCGCUGGGACCCCAACUUGGACCAGACCCAGUCUACCUGGAUUCACGCCAACGACGAAUGGAACGAGAUUGCUCCGGGCUAUCGUCCCGUUGGCGCUUGGCAACGGCCCUCUUAA